AAUCCAAUUCAUAACUUGAAGUCGAGUGCACCUCAAUAACGACAUGGUAUCACAGUUGCGUCUCAUAAACGCGUCGCGCGAAGCUGAAAAUUGCGUUAGGGCGGCGCACACGCUCCAGCGCGCACUGAUUGAAAAGCUAUUGCGCUCGUUAUCGGGCCGCAGCCGGCAUGCGCGCUGCCUUAACCGACCCUACUCUGAAAACCAAUGUCGAUAUAUCCGUCUUUCUCCCUAACCCAGCACUUCUGAGAGAAACUGAUAGAUAGGCUAUAUCGAAACAAUGUUUCCGAGUAGCCCCUCUACACAUUGCGUGCGACGACUGUGGGCUCGUAGCAUCAGUCGGUGUUACCGCCUUCACAUAGCAUGUGAAGCUACUGCUGGCGUGUCAUAGAGCUUGCGUCGACCCAGUGGGUAGUUGUGUAGUGAGCGAUCAUGACAGAUGGGUCGUCCUCCCAUGGAGCUUUGGCGUUUGCCCUCAUUUACUUUACAUUCUUUCUGGAUAACGUCCUGCUUACUGUCUUAGUGCCCAUAAUCCCGGACUGGGUGCGCGGCGAGGCGCUGGCGCUGUGGGCCGCGCACGACGCGCCGCUCGCCGCGCUGCUCAACACCACGGUGCACCGCAUCACCACCGAGGGGCCCGGUAACGUAUUCACGUGGAAAGGGUCGGGCGGGUCGCAGGCGGUGGUGGGGCUGGUGCUGGGCGCGAAGGCGGGCGCGCAGCUGCUGGCGGCGCCGCUGGCGUCGGCGCUGGUGUGCCGCGCCGGGCCCGCGCCCGUGCUGCGCGCCGCCACCGCCACGCUGGCCGCCGCCGCGCUGGGUGUGGCAGGUUGCAGCAGCGUGUCAGGCGUAGGGCGGACGCUGUGCGUGGGCGCGGCGCGGGCGGCGCAGGGCGCGGGCGCGGCGCUGGCGGGCGUGGCGGGGCUGGCGCUGGCGGCCGCCGCACUGCCCGCGCCGCAGCGGGACCGCGCCAUCGGGGCGCUGCUCGGAGCCGUGGCCCUGGGAGUGCUGGUGGGAUACCCGUUUGGUGGCGCUGCGAAUGCGCUAUGGAGCCGCGCCGCACCGUUCAUGCUCAUCUCCGUCGCACUGCUGGCUGAUCUCAGCGGCGCGUGCGCGGGCGCCGUGCUGCUCACCACCAGCGUCAUGGCCGCGCUCGAGCCCUGCCUGCCGCUGUGGAUCAUGGACAAGUUCCACCCGCAGAAGUGGCAGACGGGCGCGGUGUUCAUCCCGGACAGCGCGGGCUACCUGGCGGCGGCGAGCCUGGUGGGCGGCGCGGCGCGGCGGCUGGGCGCCGAGCGCGUGGCGCUGGCGGCGCAGCUGGCCGUGGGGCUGGCCGCGCUGGCCGUACCACACGCCACUUCGGUGUCGUGGCUGGCGCUGCCGCACCUGGCGCUGGGGCUGGGGCUGGGCGCGACGGACGCGGCGCUGGUGCCAGCGCUGCUGGCGCGCCAGCCCGCGCGCGUGCCGCACGUCGCCGCGCUGCUGCAGGCCGCCUCCAGCGUCGCCUACACGCUCGGUCCGGUGGCGGGCGGGCUGGUGGCGUGGGGCGCGGGCUUCGAGGCCACGAUGCGCGCGCUGGGCGUGCUCAACCUGCUCUACGCCGCGCUGCUCUACCGCGCGCUGCGGCGACACCCGCUCUCCGAGCAGUGGGGCGCGAGCAGCCCGGACGACGACUCCGCCAGCGAGGCGGCCGACGAGGGCGCUCCGCUGCGCCCGCAGCAGUACACUACGCUCCACUAG